UUUCGACCACGAUGGUGUCUCAUCCUCGUCAUCUCGCUCGAAUAUCUCUCAGAGUUUGUGUUGUCUCAUAUUAGCUUAGGCGGUCUAGAAAUCUUCACCCCGGUCAGUCUUCGGUACGGUAUCGUCCAAGUUGGGUGUCUGUCGUCCAUCCAUCCAUGGACAUCUCGGUAGUAGUACGCCUCAAGUACAAUCGUUAGUCAAUUAUCACCUCGAGUUGAACGCGAAACGGGUGUCGAGUUGUUGGGGAAACCCUUCUGGUGCGAAGUUCAGGGUUGAUAAACAAACUGGAUUGAUACCGUCGGACACGCUGGAUCGCUGGAUUAGCUGCUCAUCAUGUACAAGCUUGUAGUUGCUUUAUUGGCGACAAUGGCCAUUCUCGGCUAUGCAGAAAGCCCCAGAAACAUUUUAGACCGAUUUUGUUCAGCAGACAAUAAAGCAAGCUCAUACGGCGUAUGGCAAGCGUUCCAAACCAUCUGCACCGCCACUCAGCACCGGGACCCGGUGGGCUGCUGCAACUACGUCAACCAGGUUGCCCGAGAAAGGCCCAACAUGUUCUUGUGCCCCUCAGAUAAUGGUUACUUCUUCUCGCCCAACGAUUGCGGUGAGACUAUUGCCAUAUCCAGCCGAUUUGGACCGGACGCCAUUAUGUUCCCCACGGAAGAUUCGGAACAGCAGGUCCGGUCAACCCAACGGCAGGUUGCUCAACAGCUUAGUCAGGUUACGCCCAGACCUGUAGUCCAGAAGCCAUUACAGAUGCAGGGACCAGUUCGACGGCCUCAGCCGUUGGAGGACAACGAUUACGAAGAUGUGCCACCAGCCGUACUGGUUGAUACCGUUGGAUACCAAGCUAUGGAGUUUGCGCUUAAUUUGUUUAAGUCACUAAAUGUUCAAGGGGACUCCGUGAUAAGUCCUCUUCAACCACAGCAACUUCUCUCCAACCUCAUAGAAGUUGCCAGUCUUGCAGCCCGUUCUGAGUUAUUCCGCGCCAUUCGGUUAUAUCCGGAACAACUAGCUAGGCUCAUCAAAUCCCUGGACAGAAUAUCCAAAUCGACAGUGAACACGAUUGAAACGGCUGCGGCCAACUUCUUUGCCCGGGACUCAAAAGUGAACCAGACUUACCAUCAAGCACUCAAACUGCGUGACGUCGACGUCAUCCCCGUAGACUUCAGCCACCCGGCGCAAGCAGCUCGUCAAGCCAACAAUUGGGUUUCCGAAAAGACACACCGACUUAUCAACGAGAUUCUGAAUCCAGGAUCCGUAAACGCCUACACGCGAAUGGUUUUGGCAAACUCCAUCUUCUUCAAGGGCAAGUGGAAGUACACCUUUAUCAAAACCGAACCGAGCACGUUCCAGGCGACUCCCAACCGUAAGAUCUCCAUCAACAGCAUGUUCCAGCUGAACAAACUACGCUACGGCGAAAAACAAUUCGCCGACGGAAACGGUCUCCGUUGGGUGGAACUUCCCUACGAGGGAGACAACCUCGCCAUGCUGGUAUUCCUACCGCUUCAACCCCACAGGCUUCAGGAGGCCCUCCGUCAACUCCAGCCGUACGACCUGGCCUCCAUCAUGGCAGAACUUCACGUUCCUUACAUCAACACCAAGGUGAACCUUCGUCUGCCCAGGUUCACCCUCACCGAUUCGGUCUCCCUAAUCCCGGCCCUCCAAUCGCUGGGCGUCAACGCGAUCUUCAACGACAAGGACGCUCUGCCGUACCUUAGCAGGGAUGCCACCCUCGUUUCGGACGUUACUCAACGGUCCUACCUGAGUGUGGACGAGUUCGGGACGAAGGCGACCUCGGUGGCGUCGCUGUCGAUCGUGACGCUCAGCAUUACGCCCCAGUUCCGGGACGUCAAGUUUGACGUGGACCAGCCGUUCGCGCUUAUGAUCGUGGACAAGCAGGAACGGUAUCCGAUCUUUAUCGGGCAGGUGUACGAGCCGCAGGAGUGAGUGGUAACGGAGUUGUUCAGAUACGUUUUUUAAAUAAACCAUUUAUAAAUUAAA